UCACUUCUGCCCUUUCCACCUCUAGGGGGGCCAUGGCCAGUGCACAAUCCUUGCUGCUCAAAUCCCUAGUCUCCAGCCCAGGUCCAGGCAGCAACGAUGUGGAGCUGGACUGCUGGUUUGAUGAGGAGUUCAAGUUCAUCCUGCUGCCUGUGAGCUACGCAGUUGUCUUUGUACUGGGCCUGGGCCUCAAUGCCCCAACCCUCUGGCUCUUCCUCUUCCGCCUUCGACCCUGGGAUGCAACAGCCACAUACAUGUUCCAUUUGGCGUUGUCAGACACCUUGUAUGUGCUGUCACUGCCCACUCUCAUCUAUUAUUACGCAGCCCACAACCACUGGCCCUUUGGCACUGGGCUCUGCAAGUUUGUCCGUUUUCUCUUCUAUUGGAACCUCUACUGCAGCGUCCUUUUCCUCACCUGCAUCAGUGUGCACCGCUACCUGGGUAUCUGCCACCCACUGUGGGCACUACGCUGGGGCCGCCCACGCUUUGCCAGCCUUCUCUGCUUGGCAGUUUGGUUGGUUGUAGCUGGCUGUCUCAUGCCCAGCCUAUUCUUUGUCACAACCAGCACCAAGGGGGCCACCAUCCUGUGCCAUGACACCACUCGGCCUGAGGAGUUUGGCCAUUAUGUGCACUUCAGCUCAGCAAUCACAGGGCUGCUCUUUGGUGUGCCCUGCUUGGUCACUCUGGUCUGCUAUGGGCUCGUGGCUCGGCGCCUGUUUCGGCCCUUGCCAGGGGCUGCCCAGACUUCUUCUCGUCUCCGUUCUCUCCGUACCAUCGCUGUAGUGCUGACUGUCUUUGCUCUUUGCUUCGUGCCUUUCCACAUCACCCGCACCAUUUAUUACACGGCAAGGCUAUUUGAAGCUGACUGCCAAGUGCUGAACAUUGUCAAUGUGGUCUACAAAGUGACUCGGCCCCUGGCCAGCGCCAACAGCUGCCUGGAUCCUGUGCUGUACCUGCUUACUGGGGACAAGUAUCGACGUCAGCUCCAGCAGCUCUGCAAUAGUGGGGGGCCCCAGCCUCCCACAGCUGCCUCCUCACUGGCACUUGUAUCCAUAUCUGAGGAUAGCAGCUGCAGGUGGGGAGGAACCCCCCAGGACAGCGGCUUUCCUACCCCUAGGGCAGAUAGAUUGUAAUACUGGAAGCCAGGAAGUGAGAGAAAAGGGGGUAAGUGUAGGGCAGAGAUG